AUGGUCAGCCCAAACUCUCAAACUAAGGGAUUGACCCGCCCUGAUGAUCCAGGAUGUUAUUCUUCAUCCACAUCGGCAAAAAAAGAGAUCACGCUGCUCCAGGAUAAGAAGAAUGGAUUCGGGUUUGCACGGUCAAACCCCAGACCACCCAAACCGAGGACCAAGGGUGUUACCGAAAUCAGGGGCCCAUACUAUACUGCCAUGGGGAAACGAUACCUAGCAGAUGUGCUGGAGACCAUGGGAACACAUGUGGACGGCUUGAAGUUUGCAGGAGGGUCAUUCUCUCUUUUCCCAGAAAGGCCUUUGAAGGAGUUAAUUGAUCUCGCUCACGACCACGGAGUCUAUGUCUCCACAGGCGGUUGGGCUGAGCAUCUACUCACUCAUCCCGAUGCAAACGCCGUGUUUGAUAAGUACCUUCGCAAGUGCAAGGACCUUGGGUGCGUAUACUCCCAAGUAAACAAGCCCAGUUACCUCGUCUCUGCAACACAUCUGAUCCAUUCUCUCUACUCUAGGUUCGAUGUCAUCGAGCUCUCAUCGGGCUUCUUAUCCAUCCCCGAAGACGACUGGCUCCGCCUCGUUGACAAGGUCCACUCCUACAAGCUGAAAGCGAAGCCCGAGUUAGGGAUUCAGUUCGGUGCCGGGGGCGACACCCCCGCGGCAGGGCUGGAAGCUAUAGGCACGUCUGAUCCGUCGAAGUUGGUGAACCUGGGCCGGAAAUUCCUCGACGCAGGCGUCGAGCGCUUGAUGAUCGAGUCGGAGGGCAUCACCGAGAAUGUGGGAUCGUGGCGGACCGAUGUGGUAUCGAAGAUCAUGAAAGAGCUUCCCUCGGAAGGCGUCAUGUUCGAGGCAGCAGACCCGAAGGUCUUCAACUGGUACAUUCGAGAAUUCGGCAUUGAUGUCAACUUGUUUGUCGACCACAGUCAGAUUGUGCAGUUAUCGUGUUUGCGCCAUGGGAUUUGGGGCACGGCCGACACUUGGGGAAAGAUUGUCUCUUUCCGACCUGAGUAA